AUGGUGUUUUCCGAGGGUAUGACAAAUGCCGAGGUGGCAAAGAGCCUGAGGUACCCGUACACCACGGUGAGCACCAUCAUCGACAAAUUCGGAAAGACUGGAACCAUUGCAGCCCAUAGGAAGAGCGGCGGUGCUUUCCGUGGGUCCAAAGUCAGUGAGGAGCAUAUCGACCACAUCUGCAACUUUGUAGCGGGCAAGGCCGCUGCUCUGCUUGAUGAGAUCCAACAAAACCUCAAGGAUCAUGGUGGGCCUCGCUAUGGCGCUGGGCCUGAGGUCUCAAUAAGCCAUCUGCACCAUAUACUCAAGCAACGAUGUCACAUCACACUCAAACGACAACAUCAGGAACAUGAAAGCUACAACAACACCAAGACUAUUGAGAACCGCAAGAAGUGGACGCACUGGUUCCGGACCCAGGGACGGUCCUUCGAAGAUGCCAUCUUCUUUGACGAGGCCGGCUUCAACCUGCACUCAAAGCGCACCUACGGUCGCAGCAAGGUAGGCGAUCGAGCACAGCGAGAGGGCCGGCCUGCAAACCGCCAGAAAAACAUGUCGCUCCUUGUUGCUGUUGGAAAGGAUGGCAUCAUUGCAAGUGAGGUCCUGCUUGGCGCCUACAACACUGAGCGCUUCUGCAGCUUCCUUGACAACAAGCUCCUGCCGCUUGUUGCUGGCCAACGGCGAGUCUUUAUGAUGGACAAUGCCAGCUUUCACCGGUCCUUUGACACAAAGCAACGCAUCACACAUGCUGGGCAUGAGGCCCACUAUCUCCCAGCUUACUCGCCGUGGCUCAACAUCACAGAGAAGGUAUUCAGCAAGGUCAAGCCUGCAGUCAGCCGCGAAGAUAUCAGAAGUCAUGGUACACUGGCAGCAUGUAUAUUACAUCAUGUCAAUACAGUCACAGCAGAGGAUUGCCUUGGAUGGCUGCGAGAGUCCAAUCGAUGGAGGCUUGUAGCUGAGCAAGGGCAGCCACUUGGCCCGGAACACGAUGCUCGUGAAGCUCUUGCGAGGCUAGGGUUGCUGGAGGACAACUUUGACGAUGCCUAUGUGCAGCAGUACUCCUCGCCAGUUGAUUCUGAUCAGGCACUGUUGACAGAGGAGGAGGAGGAGGAGGAGGAGGAGGAGGAGGAGGAGGAGGAGGAGGAGGAGGAGGAGGAGGAGGAGGAUGUCGAGCCCAUCCUUUCUUGGUAG